AUGGUGAUGGAGCGGCUGGCGGACUUCGUGAGCAAGUCGUUGGAAGGUGGUGCGGCGCCGACGCCGCCGCCGGAACCCGGGGAACCCGACGCCGACGAGGAGGUGGACAUCACCGCGCUCGAAGAAAAAGCGCCGCCAGCAAAGCGACCGCGGAACUGGCUCAUCUCCCCGUUGCCUCUUAGGACCUGCAAAAAGGAAACCGAUGACGAUGACGAUGCUAGGCACGAUCACACGGACAAGUCUCCCAAUGGGUCAGUAAGCGGCGGCUGCGGCGGCGGCAAACAGCGGCGGUCACGCACCAACUUCACGUUGGAGCAGCUUGCCGAAUUGGAGCGUCUGUUCGACGAGACUCACUAUCCUGAUGCUUUCAUGCGUGAGGAGCUCAGUCAACGUCUGGGACUUAGCGAAGCUAGGGUACAGGUGUGGUUUCAAAACAGACGCGCCAAAUGUCGGAAACACGAGAGCCAAAUGCACAAAGGUCUUGUCGUGAGCGGCGGCGGGACCCCGCUGGAGCCGUGCCGCGUGGCGCCGUAUGUGUCCGUGCCGAGGCUAUCCGGGGUGCCGCGGCCGCAACCCCCGCAGCUGCCUCUUGCGCCGCACCCCGCGCCGCCCGCCGCCUUCGCUCCAUUCGACUCUGCGAUAUUAUCCGCUGCCGCCCAUCAGUACGCGAGCGCGGCUGCGGCGGCGGCGGCGGCGCUGUGUCCCCCGUACGCGGGUUUGGCGGCGCUGGCGGCGCGCUGUCGCUCCUCCUCCAUUGCAGACCUGCGACUGAAGGCGCGCCGGCACGCCGCGGCUCUCGCCGCCGCCAGCGCGCCCUCGCCGCCCGCGCGCACUCCACACGCUGCACACGCAGCACCGCUGCCGCCCGCGCCACCGCCGCCCGCCACCACACCUGCCGACGCGUAG